GAAAGCAAAAGCAGGGAUUGGAGUUUGUAGCCUACAGCAGAGACUAUAAAAACUCUGAAAGAAAGCUGAACGUUAGGGAUAAGUUAGGGGGAAGAACAUAGCAGGACCAUUAAGGUUGGAGUUGCUUGUGUCCAAGGCAAGAUGCUGCAGUUUCAGCUGAUCGUGGUGCAUUUGGCCCUUGUGAUUACCCUGCUGCAGUGGCAGUCUAGCUCAAUGCUCCUAGCUGAGGCAGCUCCAGAGUCUUUGGAGCUUUCCAAUGCACUGGGCAUGGGAGCACGUCCCACUACCAGCGAAGAGAAGUCAGCCACUGACCUAUCAGCCAAGCUGUUCCUUCUUGAUGAGCUAGUGUCUCUGGAGAAUGAGGUGACUGAGACCAAGACAAAGAGAAGUUUCCCGGGAUUUGGCUCCCCAAUAGACAGGAUUUCUUCGAGCUCUAUGGAUACAAAAGGCAAACAGAGGAAAGUGGUUGAGCUGCCUAAGAGACGAUUUGGAAUUCCUCUUGACCAGAUUGGAGCGAGCCGUCUCAGCAACACGAAGGGUUAGCAGUUCAUGCAAGUGCUUCUGUUCUGAAUGAUUGAUGCUGUGUUGGAAACAUUACAGAAAUACGGAAGAUGCAUCAGAGCAUGUCUUGUCAUUGACUAAUGAUUCAACACUCAAGGAACUGACCUCCUACAAAAUCUGUUUCACAUUGCAUUUUACAAACAGUAACAAAUUCAAUUCAUCAGGUCAGAAUGCUCUCACAGAUAUUCAUGGUGCCACGGAUAGGAGGGAACAGAAAAAAUUUAUAUAGUUUAAUUGCAUGGCAUUUAUUUCUUAAACU